AUGCUUGGAUGCGGCGCUGGAGCUAAUGUCGGCUGCAUGGAGAGUAUAGAGGUUCAAACACGAAGACGCGCUGAGAGAGUCCGCAACACAGGAAUUGGAAUGGAGAGACGCGCGAUGAGGCAGAACCUGGCCAAAGGCAUCAACCACAACAAUCCCCGCACUCUCCGCGUGGCUGACUCAGGCGCUGACUCAUCCUUCCGGCUCUUCCGUUCCGCAGUCACGGGAUCCGCCUGCGAUGCCUCAGGUCCUGCGUACAACAAUGAAGUAGCUUGUACAGAGGAUCGUGAACUGGGUGGCGGCCUUGAGAUUUUUAAAAGCUUGUCUUUGAAGAAUUCGGUCUUGUUCUAG